AUUUCACUGCAAUUGCUAAAAAAGGGUAAAAGUCACUGCAAAACCGUUGCGGCGAACACUCGAGCACCCCCGACCCCCGUUGAGAUGGUCUCCAUGGCGGCCGCGGCGGCGGCCGUGGGCGUGCUGCUGCCGUUCCCGUUCUACUACGCGCUGUGGACCCACCCACAGCGUUGGGUGGACUUGUGCGGCCGCGGCGCCGACCCGUGCCGGCGGAUGGCGCAGGUCUCGCACGCCAUCAAGGCGCUUCAGCUCCUCGCGCUCGCCUCCGUCGCUUCAUUCUCCUGGCCCCCGCCGCUCUACUGCCCCGUCCUCCUCGCCGUCGGCCAGUACCUCAACUUCAAGGUGUACCAGCUGCUUGGUGAGUCUGGUACAUACUAUGGCGUUCGAUUUGGAAAGAUGAUCCCAUGGGUGACAGAGUUUCCCUUUGGCUAUAUCAAAGACCCACAGUAUGUUGGGAGUAUGCUUAGCCUCGUCGCACUUCUGUGCUGGGUUCCACUUCAGUAUGUGUUGUUGUGGUGCCUUGGUUAUGUUUUCAUGAUGUGGAUCGAACACAAGGAAGAUCCAGCCACUCGUGCCAAGGUCAUCUCCUAAUUGCUUGGUUAUGGCAGCUGAUAGUUUCCUACAGGUGCCCCAGUGACAUUGCAUAAAUAUUCUUUGAAAAAUUUGGUACCUGAUUGCUGAGAGGUGAUGCGCCCCCAAGUUUAAGACUGGAGUUUCUAUGUCCAAAAACCUUUACAAAGUACUGUGGCAACCUCUAUUCUUGAGUAAUUCAUGUCAAGCAGUAUGGUUAUAGACUUUAGUUGUAGCUUGUUGGGUAUGAGAUCAUCUUGUACCCUGGGCAACUAUGCAACCGGGAGCGCUUGGUUGUUGCUGGGCAAAUAUUUUGACCUGGAGUUAAAUGCUUGCGCAUGGACACGUGGUAUGAAUCCAUGAUCGGGACCCAUGAUUAUCCAAUGAGGAGGUUCUAGUCAGUAAGAAUUGUAACUUUAGUCGAAACUUAGUGAGGUUUCUAUAGACUGCAUAUGUUCUUGUCCGAUUCCGAGAAAUCUCACUACAUAUCUAUGGCU